CUUGUAAGUUGUAAUACACAUCGACUUCCAUAAAUAACCUUCCAAUUUUUCUUUCUUUUACUCCCAUCGUCUUCUUCCUCCUCUCUCCGUCUGAGAAGAAGAAAAUUUUCAGAGUCCUCUGUUUUCAAACACAAACUACGUCAAUGGAAGUUCACUCUCAGCCCCUUUCCACAUCCUUAAACCACACUUCAUUUCCAUACUCUCUCAAAUCCUCUGCCAUUUACGAUCCUCCUUCUCAGAAUCACCAAUCCUCUUCCUCCGGCGACUCUCCGGUCAUCGGUACUUCAGAAAGUGACGCCUUCCAAAUGCCUUUCUCAUCCGACGGAGACCCCUUACCGACCCAAAUGAUCAACAGAGACGGUGGCGAUGACGUGAACACAGCACUGCGGCUCUCGGCAGUGAAGCUGCAGAAAGUGUACAGGAGCUACCGGACCCGACGACUGUUGGCGGAUUCCGCCGUCGUCGCUGAAGAGCUCUGGUGGUUUGCGUUAGACUACGCUAGAUUGAAUCACAGUACGAUUUCUUUCUUCAAUUACAAACCUGAAACGGCUGCUUCCCGCUGGAACCGAAUCACUAUGAAUGCUUCGAAGGUAGGAAAAGGGUUGUCAAAGGAUGCUAAAGCUCAGAAACUUGCUUUUCAGCAUUGGAUCGAAGCUAUUGAUCCUAGACACAGAUAUGGGCAUAGUUUGCAUCUUUACUACGAAGAAUGGUGUAAGGCUAAAGCUGGUCAGCCAUUUUUCUACUGGCUUGAUGUUGGAGAAGGAAAAGAUGUUGACCUUAAAGAAUGCCCAAGAUCGAAACUUCGGCAGCAAACCAUCAAGUAUCUUGGACCUCAAGAGCGAGAACACUAUGAAUACGUUGUUGUCGAUGGGAAAAUUGUCCAUAAACAAAGUGGAACUUUUCUUGAUACAAAGAGAGGACCAAAAGGAACGAAGUGGAUAUUUGUAAUGAGCACUUUUAAGAGGCUUUAUGCUGGUGAGAAAAAGAAAGGAGCUUUCCACCACUCAAGUUUCUUGGCAGGAGGAGCCACAUUGGCUGCUGGGAGGCUAGAGGUAGAAGAUGGAGUUCUUAAGGCCAUCUCGGCAUAUAGUGGACAUUACAAGCCUACCGAUGACCAUCUCGACAUCUUCUUGAAGUUCCUUGAGGAAAACGGUGUGGUUCUUAAGGAUGUUGAGGUACAUCGAGCAACUGAAGAUUCUGAAAGCUACGAUGACUUAAAGUCGGUCGGAGGAGGUCAAACGAAGGCCGAUUUCAUGAACAAACUAGAAGCACUUAACAUCAAAACAAUUGAGGAAGUUAGGGGAGAUGACAUUUCUUCAAAAUCAGCUCAGAUCUCCCAAGCCGGAGGCAAAACAGAAUACAAAAGGACAUUAUCUGGUGGCCUAAAGAGCCCAAGAGCUGACGUACCGAAGAAAGCGAUAUUGCAGAGAAUUAACUCAAAGAAGAUAGUAAACUCUUAUCAGUUAGGCCAUCAACUUUCACUCAAAUGGACAACUGGAGCAGGUCCGAGAAUCGGUUGUGUUGCCGACUACCCGGUUGAGCUACGAGUACAGGCAUUGGAGCUUGUUAACCUAUCUCCAAGGACUCCUCCUACUCCGCCAGACUGGAAGAGGAUGGCGGCUUUCCCAACCCCAACGACUCCAACAACAAAUGAUAGCUCCAAUGCUGAUGAUAGUUCCAACUUUUGAAACCAGUUGUAUCCUUAAAUCAUUCCUCCUUGUGGUGCUAUGUGGCUACAUAUAAACAAUCUACAAUCAAUCAAGAACGUAAUGCUUCAAUCUUCAUUAUGUUCUGUCAACUGAUCAAUGUUAGUGUAAACUUUUGGAGCAUCAUCUUACUAUCUUAGUAUGUAUAAUCAGAGCUGCUUCUUCUUUAUUUGAGCAAUAAAUUCUUGUUUAGGAUUUGUCUGAGGGUUUGUGUGUUUAAGUGUCUUCAUAAGUUUUUCUUUCCUUUACUUUCUUUCACGUCUCAAGAUGUGAUGUGAUGAGAUGUGGGUGAAGAUUCAAACAUCAUUAUCUUUUAAUUGUAAAUAUACAUUUUAAUAAACACUUUUAUUUUAUA